CUACUAUAGAAAGAGUUGAUUAUCUCUCUCCCACCAUAUAUACCUAUUGUCCUAUACUACAUAAUAUAAAGGGUACAACUUGCAUUGAAGGUCCUCUCAUCUCAUCUUUCCCAUACCAUAUAUCAACCCAUUCUUUGCCUACAUAUGAUAUAAAAAUCUAUUCAUACACACACACACAUAUACAAAUCUAGAUAAGCUCUACUGAUAUCACAUUAUAUAUCACUGAUAUAAAUAUGGCCACAUCAUCAUGGACACCAAGACAAAACAAGAAGUUCGAAGAGGCAUUAGCGAUAUAUGACAGGGACACGCCCAACCGUUGGUACAACAUUGCCAGAAUAGUGGGAGGAAAAUCAGCUGAGGAAGUGAAGGGGCAUUACGAAAUUCUUGUGAAAGAUGUGUUGCAGAUUGAGAAUGAUGAAGUGCCAUGCCCAAAUUACACUGAUAGCUAGCUUAUAUAAUCAUUCAUGAACAGAGACUUCUGAGGACAUCAAGCUUGGCUAAAGGAAGCAUGUGUUGUUAACUUAAGGUUGGAGGCUCAAAUAUAGCAAGAAGAUGUGUAUGACCAAACAAACAUGCACAACUUAAUACCACCAUUUAUAACAUGUAGUCCAGACUAUAUAUUAUCUUUGUGUUCUUUCUUGGUUCAGAAAAAAAAAAAUUGUUCUUUCUUGG